AUGUGCAUUUGGAGUAGGGGUUGGGGGCAUGAGUUGGCAUUCCUACUCUUUUCUGAUAUUAGAACCACUAGAGAUCCCUCCUGGGCAGCAGAAGAGCACUUCUGGGAGGCUGGGUGUGUAGAGUGCAGGAUAACAGGGGUCUGAUUCCUCUCUGCGGCCCCAGGGCAGUCCAUGGACAACACCAGCAAGGGAGGUGGCCUGCAGGAGCCAGAGACCCCAGAAGUGAUGCUUGAGCUGCUCUGGGCUGGGCUGGAGAUGGAUGUCAUGGGGCUGCUACACAUCCCGGAUGAAGAACUAGCAUCCACACAUCCAGGCCGCCGACUGAGGCUCCUUCUACAGCACCAUGUGCCCAAUGACUUGGAGGGUACUAAGCAGCAGCUGCAACAAUUCCAGAACCUACAGAAAGGGCCUCCACUUAGCCCUCAGGGCUUUGAACAUCUGCUCCUCACAGGUCCGUCCUGCAUCUAUUGGCUCCAUGGGGCUAGUGAGGCUGAGGAAAGGGGUCACUGGGCCCAGGUCUUCACCCUCCUGGCACAGGAAACACUCUGGGAUCUAUGCAAAGAUUUCUGCCCCCAGGGCCAGCCCCCUCCACUGGGGCCCCUGGGCCUCCAUCCUUGACCCUAUCCCCUG